AUGGCUGAGCAAUUAGUCAAAGGAAUUGGAGACAUACUCAAAGAAAAUAAUGAAUUGAAGAAAAAUAUAGAAGAAACAGAAGAAAGAUACAAACAAUAUGAAAAUUUAUAUAAAGAGGAGACUGAAAUAAGUGAAGCAUUAAGGAAAGAAGCAAAAGUAGAAGAUGAAACAUUAUCAAAAGAAUUUGAUAAAAACAUAGGGAAAGAUACUAUAGAAAAUUUACAAAGAAAGGCUAACUUAGAAAUGAAAGAAUUGAACUAUUGGCAAGAAAAAGCAUUGGUACCAAAAUAUGAAUAUUAUGAAAAUGAACGAAUAAAUGUACCAGAAGGAGAUCCAUAA